AUGGUGGAGGAGUUGUUCUUCUGGAAUGGAAGCAACAACCCAAAUCCACUUCAACAAUUUCAACAUAACAACAUUAAUCUACUUCUUCUCUCUGGUCCUCCUUCUUCCGGAAAGACUUCACUUCUUUUCCAAUUUGCAUUCAAUGUAGCAGCAGCACUUCACUCUAACUCUUCCAACCCAAAUGUUGUCUUCAUCUGUAACCAAAACAGAUUGGAUUCCAAACCCCCUUUUCUUUCUCAGGGAAUUGACCCAUCUUCGAAUAUCUUCCGACGUAUACAAAUGAAAUAUGUGAAUGAUGAUGAAGAUAUUAGGAAAUACUUUGCUGCCUUCCAUCUGUUUGAUAAAUUGCCUGAUGCAGUUAUUAUUGAUGAUUUUGGAGAUUUCUUUGACAACAAGGUAUGUCAACAACGGUAUUCAAAUGCCCGCGGGCGAGACUUGGCCAUGAUCAAGAGUCUAGCCUUGUGCAACAAUGCUAUUAGCUAUGCAAAUCAAAAAGGGUCUUGCAAGCUUCUCUUGUCGGAUACUCAUACUCAUCAGGGUGACUCUCCAAGGUUUCAUUUCAUCUAUAAGAAAUGGAUACACACCACUUUCACAAUUAAAGAAGGGGAUAUAUCUGGAUCAUUUAUUUUGGAAGGGAGGAGCUAUUCACGAACCGAUACCACAGGUACUGGUAAUAUGAAAGCUGCAAAGUAUUCUAUAGCUCUUCAAUAUCUGGUCUUUGAAGGACUUGUCAAUGAUCAUGUAUACAAAUCUACCUCUUCAAUGAGCAGAACUGAUUGA